GCUGCAAAUCCACCACCCACGUGUUCGCAAGCACACCAUAAGCAUCAAGCAGCAGCAGCGUGGCAGGAGACAGACUGACAGCCAGCCAUGUCGUCUUCACGCAUCAUCAUAAAGGGCUUGCCCAAGAAGUUCAACGAGUCUCGCCUUCGCACCAUCUUCGGCGAGCAUGGCGACAUCACCCAAAUCUUGUACCUUCCGAAGCGAAGGAUCGCCUAUGUUGGCUACUCCGAAGAAAAAAUGGCCGAGGGAGCCGUGGAGUAUCGCAACGAGACUUACAUUGACACAGACCAGAUCAAGGUGUCUCUCGCCUUUGGCGUCGGCGAUGAGCGCAUCCCGCGUCCAUGGAGCCAGUACUCCAAGGGAUCGUCUGCAAACGCAGCCUUGCAGAAGAAGCGGGAGAUGGUGCUGAGGCAGAAGAAGGGCAAGAAAGCACAGGAGGAAAAGCAGCAGAAGCAGGAAGUGAAGGAAGCAAACGCGAGCAAGACGCUUGCAACGCUUGAGAAGGAGCAGGACAUGCUGAAGAAGUUGUACGACGUCGAGGCAAAUCCACAGCUCAACCCAGAACUGCACGAGUACAUGCAGGUGAUGGUGCCGAAGAACAAGCGUCUCGUGUGGGCGAAUGACGGCGGAAACACGGGAUCGCGCAGCCGGCAGGGCCAACGCGCAGCCGCUGGCGGCGGUGGUGGUGGUGACGAGAGCGUACCCAUUGCUGACCGUGAUGAUGGUGGCGAUGGCGAUGAUGCGGAGAAGCAAGGGAAGGUCAAGGCAACGCUGCAGAGUGUGCCGUCCAAGCGCCGCGGUGGCGAGGGUGUGACAUAUGUGCGUCAGCAUCUUCAGUUUGAGGAUUCCGACGAUGACGACACAGAUGACGAGGAAUACCAGACCGCGCCAGGAGUGGCGAAGAAGGACUCAUCCGACGAAGCGAGCAGCGAUGAUGAUGAUGACGACGACGAUGAUGAUGACGCUGGUGACAAGGACGAAAAAGACGAGGAUGAAGACAUGUCUGAUUCAGAGUGGCUCAAGUCAAAGAUCAAGUCAAAGAAGAAGGAGGACAAUGAGGGUGGCGAUGAUGAUAAUGGCAGUGAUGAUGGCAGCAGCGGCAGCGACAGCAGUGACGGUGAGGAGGGCAGUGAUAACGACGAUGCACAGCCCUCCAAGAGCAAGAAGAAGAACAAGAAGAAGAAGGGCAGUGAGAGCGGAAAAGCGCAGUUGUUCAGUGACGACAGCGACGAGGAAGAUGAGGCAUCAGAGCAGGGAGACUCCAUUAUCGUGUUCACCGCCAAGUUGCAAGGGCUGCCGUUCCGGUGCACCGAGCAGCAAGUGCGAGAGUUCUUCUCCCCGCUGUCUGUUGUGGACAUUCGCUUUCUGCUUGACCGGCGAAAGCGGGGCAAGGGCGUGGCGUUCGUCGACUUUGCAACCAAGCGCGACUACAAGGCUGCGCUGAAGAAGCAUCGUCAAACACUCGGUCCGCGGUUUGUGGAGGUGCUGCCGUCCAAGACGCGGAAACUGCCGGCACUGAAGCCAACGGAGGGGCGAGAGGCGAAAGUGUACCCGGCGCCGCUUGGAGAGGAUGACAAAGGGCUGGACGAGACUGGACGCAUCUUCGUUCGCAACCUCGCAUAUGUGUGCACGGAGGACGAUAUUCGCGCCCUCUUUGAGAAGUUUGGCCCCCUGUCUGAGGUGCACAUGCCGCUUGAUACACAGACGAAGAAACCAAAGGGCAUCGCCUUUGUGACGUUCCUUCAUCCGGAGAAUGCAGUUAAGGCCUUUACGCAACUCGACGCAAGCGUCUUCAAGGGCCGAUUGCUGCAUCUAUUGCCUGCACGCACGCGCGACAGCGAUUCUGGCAUUGUCAACGUCGACACCACAAACUACAAGGAGAAAAAAGCGGCAGAGCUAAAGAGCAAGCGAGAGAACAGCUACAACUGGAACACGCUGUUUCUUCGACAGGACGCUGUCGCCGACAGCAUGGCUGCUGAGCUCGGCGUGUCAAAGGGCGAGCUCCUUAACGCGAAGAGCGACAGUGGGCUUGCUGUUCGGUUGGCCAUGGGCGAGACACGCAUCAUCCAGGACAACAAGCAGUUCCUGCGCCAGCACGGCGUGUAUCUCGAUGCAUUCGACACCAGGGUGACGGGUCGCAGCAAGACGGUGAUUCUGGUGAAGAAUUUGCCGUUCAACUCGACUGAGGCAGACCUGCGGCCCAUGUUUGAAAAGCACGGCGCGGUUGACAAGUUUGUCUUCCCGCCGUCACGAACAAUGGCGCUCGUCUCCUUUAUCGAGCCAUCAGAGGCCAGGGCUGCGUUCCGGGGUCUGGCCUAUCGCAAGUACAAGGGCGAGAUGCUCUAUCUCGAGUGGGCGCCAGAGAACGUCUUUGCUGUGCCCGAAGAGGAGGAGGAAGUGCAGGACGAGGCAACGGCUGCGGCCCCAAAGAUCUCCCUGGCGGCCAUUCGAGGCGUGCAUGGUCAAGGUGAGGCUGCUGUCGAACUCGAGAGCACAGCGUCUACGACCGUGUUUGUGAAGAACCUCAACUUUGAGACGGGCGACAACGCCCUCUACAAUCUCUUCCAGACCUGCGGUACCAUCAGGAGUUGCCGCGUUGCGACGAAGAAGAAUCCCCACAACCCGCAGGAGCUGCUGUCCAUGGGCUUUGGCUUUGUGGAGUUCAAGACGCAUGCGGAGGCCGUGAAGGCGAUGAAGAAGCUGCAAGGCGCUGAGCUGGACGGGCACAAGCUGGAGCUCAAGCUCUCCACACGAACACAGCAGCAGCAGGGGCCUGUCGCCCGCAGAGAGGGCAAGUUGAUCAAAGGCGCAACAACCAAGGUCGUUGUCCGCAACGUUGCGUUUGAGGCGACGAAGAAGGACAUUCGCCAGCUGUUCACCCCAUAUGGCGACGUCAAAUCUGUCAGGCUCCCACCAAAGUCCUUUGACCCAACACAACAUCGCGGGUUUGCGUUUGUGGAAUUUUCGUCCAAGGAGGAAGCCAAGUCCGCGUUUGAGGCGCUAUCUGGCUCCACCCAUCUCUAUGGCCGUCGCCUGAACCUUGAGUUUGCCAAAGACGACAACAGCGUUGAGAAGUUGCGCUCAAAGGCGCGAACAGCAAAGCGCGCAACAGCGGACCAGCCAAGCAAGAAGGCAAAGCUGCACAAUGUUGACGACGCAAAGCGGUGGUGAUGCCAGUGUUGACGGUGGUGGUAAUGGUGAUGGUGGUGGUGGUAAUGGUGGUGGUGGCGGCGACAGCGCGAUUGCUUGGCGCUGUUGUGAGUGUUGUCUGUAGUCGUGUGCAUGCUCAAGCAUGUCGGUGAGGUGCGCUCAGGUGUGCUCGUUUUUCGUUCAUGUGGUGCUUGUGUUCGUUUGCUCAUGUGUGCCGUUGUAUCGUAAUUGACAACAUCCAAACCAAUGAACAACCCAACCCAUCA